GCCAUACAUGGUAAACAUUGAUAGCCUCCUCUCCUCUAUAUAUAUCGAUAACUCUUUUGAUUAAUUCCAAGCCUAAACAAACAUCAAAACAAGAGAAUCAUCGAUCCACAUUGAUACAAUUACUCGAAUCGAAUGGAUUCCUCGAUCGCCGACGAAACGCCCCGCCCCUGCGCCGGCGGUUGCGGUUUUUUCGGCACCGCCGAGAACAAAGGCCUCUGCUCGCUGUGCUACAAACGCCACCUCCUCAAAGCCGCAACUGCGCAUAAAGAGACGAUAACUGAAAUUGGCGGUUCUCUGACAUCGCUAAAGAUUGAUGAAAGCGAACCAGCAGCAGCAGCAGCCUCGACGACGACGCAGCGGAGUAGAUGCAGUGUGUGCAAGAAGAGACUUGGAGUGUUAGGGUUUACGUGCCGGUGUGGGGCCGGUUUCUGCGGCGUGCAUCGGCUGCCGGAGGCGCAUGGCUGCGGCGUUGAUUUCAAGGAAGAAGGAAAGAUUGCUAUCCAGAAACAAAACCCUCUUUGCAAAUCGGACAAGAUGAUAAAUAGGAUUUGAUUUGAUUUUAACACUUUACAAUUGAUUAUAGCGCUCUACAUAUUUUGUGAUUUUAUAAAACUAUUUGUUUCUGAUAUUAUUUGUUAAUGGAUCGGUGUUUAUAUUUCA